GAAAAAGUUCCGCAAGGUUACGCAAGUACUCGACUCUCUGUAAAAACAACAACACAUAGACGGUUACCCUAUGCUAAAAAUCCCACAACCACAACAAGAAUAUAACAACCAAGGAGUAGCAUUAGAACAACACCCACCUAAUAAUCGUACAAAUAGUUUAAGUAGUCAAAAUGUCGGAAUUAAGUUUUUGCAAACAAGUAACAAGACCUUAGUUGAGACCAAGAUUCAAGUCUCUUUGGAGAGUCUCGUAAAAUUGGAUGAUAAUACUGUAAAGAAUAUUCUUUACGAAAUGGCAAACUCAAAUUUGAGUAUUGAAAAUUCUUCUAUUGAGAAUUUUGCAUUGAUUACUUCAAAGCACUUUUUCAGAGAAUUUGAUAAUAUUAAUCUUGUAAAGUUGGACGUUGAACAAUCUAAUUGGCAACAAAUCGAAAACAACAAGGCUGGACAUUUCCAAGCUGAAUGUCUCAGAUUUGUUCGUCUCGCUGAUCCAAGAAAUGGUGAAAUUUCCCUUUGUAGUGGAGUUAAAUCUUUGAGUGUUCCAAAGAAAUCUGAAGUAUCAGAAUUCUUGAAGAGUAAUUCUAUCAAGAUGGACGUUUUCUGGAAGAUUUCCUCAAGUGGCAUUGAAGAACAUACAAGAAGCUUGGUUAAUGAUAGGCAAUCUGUUAUUGACUUUAAUGAAACCUAUGAUAAGGUUAGAGAAUCUAUUUGGAAUGGUGUAAAGGACAUUCAAAACAUUGACUUGAAGGAUCAAUGUAACAAUGUAUUGGGAGAUGUACCAAUAAUUAAGUGUGUCUUUAUCUCAAUCCCAAAUUGUGGACAAAAGAUGGAUGCAUUUGCUUCUAGACAUCAAUCUGUUACUCAACAAUUCUCAUUCCAUGGUCGUCCAGCCAAUAAUAUUUUCCUCAACCACUUCCAUAGAAUGAACAGAGAUUUUUAUGCUUCCAAGCUCUAAAUCCUAUGUAAAUAAAUUCCAAAAUAUGUCUUAUUAAUAUCAUAAAA